AUGGCAGAAAGAUUUGCAAGAGAGAAGAAGCAGAUGUUUCCAGCUCUUUCGAGAGAAACAACACAUGGCAAGGCAUCUUCCAUUAGAGUCAGGCCAACACAGAGAAAUACAUCUUCGGGGAUCAAACUCCCACCAUAUCCUAAUAAUCGGAUUCUGAUGCUUACCACAAAUCCCUCAGAAAACGUGGAUUUCAUUAGAGCACCCCCAGCAGAACAAUUUGUGAAUGUUCCUUCUGGAGUGAAAUUUCCAGUGUGUUCUAAAAAGCCUGUCCAGUUCUGGACCACCAAGCUCUCGGAAACGCUUUAUAAGCCAAGUCCAUCAUUUGACCUUGGGGAUCCAUAUUGUCGUUUGAUGAAGACAACCUACAAUAACCUGCAUGAUCCAUACUUAAAAGAAUAUUACCAGAGUAAAGUACCACGACAACGUAUACUUCAACAGGGAUUUAUCACCAGUGAUGAUAAGGUUGUUUGCUCUUUAAAAGAGUAUAACGAAUACAGGGAGUACCUCUCAAGCAUACAUAGAAAGAAAAUGAAAAACGUAAGUUGGAUUCAGAUUUAUAGCAAAAACAGUCAACAUAGUAGACAAAGUGUAAUUUUCAGUGGGAUGAUAUUUAGCUACUCAAAUUAA